AUGCAAAACGACGAUGAAUAUGAAUGGACGAACAACAAAAGAAGGGAAUCUUCUGAGGACGCUGAAACACCAACAGAGGCCACAAAGAAUGCAUCCAGGCUUGCUCCUUCGGUGUAUGGCGAGGAUGAAAAUAGUUUCAACAAAGCUCAUCUAAGUCAUAUCUUUUUCGAACCCAUCGCAAGAGAAAAAUACAAAAUGUCGGAAACCGACCACGAUUUUUGCCUUCUGUUUCGACCAACUCCACGUCUAUUCUCGAUCUGUAUCAAUAGAAUGAGGGAUGAAGUGGUGAUUCCGCUUGAUCAGAUACUAAGUUGUAAAUUCAUUGAUCCGAGGAAUAUUGCGUUAAAGCUAAAACCGGGUUAUACGCGAGCGUACUAUUCGCAUGUCAAAGGGUUCCCUUAUAAGAAUGAACCUCUGUUGCGAAACAGCGAUCCGUCAAAUGGCUUGCUCUCGGAAACUAAUGAUGUUAUUCUGAGAGCCUAUGGUGGAAAAGCUUUUGAUUUUCUUUCGAAUCAAAGUUUUGUUACCCGAGAAGUGAUAGACAAAGGAAGAACCAAUCAAUCGCAAGGUGAUGGUAAUGCAAAGCCAUUCCAGCCAAAUGUAAACAACAACUCUCAUUCGACACCCGUCAAUGAUCAAGGCUCUCGUUUUGAAAUUCCGAUCGAAGACAAGGAUCCCACGAACGUUCGCAGGCCACCAAAUCUGGUAAUGCCACCUCCUCAUCCGUCACAGGUGUCAAAGAACACAACAUUGCAAUCCUCAAAUUUCCAAAGUUUUUCCAGUUUAAAAACUCCACAGAAUUUUAUCAAUUCAGCAAAGCCGUCAGUCUCCAAAAGUACGACAAAUGUUCAAUUGCCACCUUCUAAUUCUGUAUACCAGUUGAACCACACGCCAAAGACAAGUUCAUUUCAAAACUCACAUCACGAAGAGCUUUACAUCACAUGCACUUUUCCUACUGAAAGGCGUGCGAUCCUAUAUUCCAUUGAGGGUUCAUACUACCAUCUUUGUUUUCGCAUCAAAGAUAAAUUUAAAAAAACUUGGGAUAAAGCCUGGUAUAAGUCUAAAGAAAAAAGUGGUGACUGGUUACCCCUGGAAGACGAAAAUGACUGGAAAAUGGCCAAAUUAACGAGAAAAAAAAUCAAAGGGUAUAUUAGAAUCGAAAUUUAUUUGAGAUGA